GAAAUGUCGCAGGUCCAUCAGACCACAGCCCUGCCCGAGGGCCCAGUGUCUAACCUCACCUUGGUUGUCUUGUUGUUGAUUCCAUGUGUGGUCAUUUUAUUGCUCUUGAACUGCCUGUUUCUUGGCUACAAGUUGAUAAUUUUGUCAAAAAAGACCAACAGGCGCGAGGACACAGAGGCAAUACUUUUGCACUCCGCACUGCCCGGGGCCAGACGACUGUCAGACGUGGCAUUUCCUCUGCAGAGUGGAAGGAGAGCGUACAUGUCCCUGUCAGAGCCUGUCCUGCCUCAGCCUGUCACUUCUUCUAGGGCUUCGUCUAAGGAGAGGCCAGGCUUUGACCACAGGAUUCGGCUCCUCAGGCCUGAUGGUGCAACCGGCUCCGGGUCCCUGAAGGCGCCCAGCUCCAUCCGGGCCACUUCCUCUGCGGCUUCUCCCAGACUGGACCUGCGCUCCGGGGUUUAUGGCAGAAGUACGUGGUGUAGAAGUGCACCUGUCCUGCCGCGGUCCAGCGACUCCGAGGCUGAAACCAGAGUGAACCUGGUGCCUCCAAACUCCCCAAUGCAGGAGGAAGCAGAAAAUGGGGGACAACUUUGUAGCAGCAGUCCCUAUGAGAUGAGGACAGAGUUGAACACAGCUGCUGCAGUGCAUCUGUGUGACAAAAUGGACAUGGAGUGUGAGCUUUCAAACACACUUUCAGAAGUCUCCUGUAUCCUCACGUCUGCAGUGGGCCCUGGACUGGACAGCGACUUUGGUGCCAGUGCAGGCGUGUCUUUGAGGAUACUCUCUGCAGACAGUGAUGGUUUGUCCAACGGCGUGCUCACUUCUGCCUUGGAGUGGGACUAUUAUGACCCGUGUUAUGUCAAACAGAAUAAUGUCCCAAAACAGAAACAUCACAGACCAGUACUGCACACGAAACAGUACUGGGUAUAGUUGACUACUCCUGUAUAAUGUAAGAUUUUAAAUAUUUAUUUAAAGUAUUAUUUAUUUAAUAUUUUAUUGUGUUAUUUAUUUCUAAUUAACAUCCCACUAUCACUCAUUUGAGUUCACUAUCGUUCAAAGCACAAACUCACUAAAUGUUCUAAGUU